AGGAGCAACAGUUUGGAUGUGCAAUAACAAUUUCCUAGGAUGUUGCAGUGGCAUGUCGAGAGGUACACCCAUUCAGAUUACGACCAAAUAGACGUUGAGAUUCUAACGGCUGGGGGAGUCGUCUGUCCUUUUCUCACCGCUACUGGGGCUGAAGCGAAAGAGGAUUAUGUCACAUCUUUCAAAGCACUAGAGGAUGCAAGGGAUGAACGGAUAGACCGCCUGAUACGGGACCUAAAAGGGGUCACACAUGUGAUGGCAGUUACAGGGCCACUGCUUCACAACGUGGUUGAUGCCGUGGAUGAUAAAGCUCCAAUCGUCCGGAGGUCUGAGGAGGAGGAAAAGAAGAGGGAGAAAGAGGUUCAUAUGCCUCAGUAA